AUGUACUCCACACCCGCUCUUCUCGCUCUUGUGGCGUCCUUUGGGCCCUUGAUUUGGGCCCGCUCUAUUCCUUCGCAUUCCCGCUACCGCGGCUACUCCGCGGAACAUUCUGUAGCCAGUGUCUCCUACCUGCGUAACCAUCCCCGCCAAAGCUCUCAAGAUACGUGCGUCUAUAUCAACAGCACUACGCUAUCCUCCCUAGCUGUCCCCGGAUCUCUAUCCGACACUCUGGCUACCUUGAAUUCAUGCAUGUGUGUCAACAGCCUGCCGUCGCUUCUACAGUCCAAUCUCGAAGCGUCGUAUCUUCUCGGCACCACGAGCCUCUCGAUAAUGGAGCAAGCACUUGGAACAUACAUCACCGAUUCUCCUUACUCCCAGACAUGUAUAUACCCCGCAAACUCCCAGCCGAUGUGUUCGGCUGAUAAUGUCUGUGGGUUCUCGUGUACCCCGCCGUACAUCGUUACCGGCGACCAGUGCGUCUUGCAGGAAAUGGAAAGAAGGACGCACGAGUCGGCUCCGUUGAUUGCCUACCGCAAGAAGACUUGGCGGCUAGUGAAGCGGGCGGAAGCCCCUGAGGUUAUGAUCGCACAAUCUACGUGUGCAUCUCACGAAUCGGUUUGUGAUAACGUCGACGGCCCCGUGGAUGGCUUCCAGUGCAUCGACGUCAAGACCAGUCCGGAUAGUUGCGGCGGUUGCACGGUCCAGAGCCCUCUCGGCGAUCGUUCCGGAAGUGGCCCUGCUGGUGUCAAUUGUACGGCGAUCUCGCACGCUGAUGCCGUUUCCUGCGCCUCUGGAAAGUGUGCGAUCCACACUUGCUUAGCUGGCUGGUCCGUCAACGACGAAGGUACGGGAUGUAUCGAAGACCAGAACACUGCCAACGCUUCAACGCUUAGCCGUGAUCAGUCGACACUGUCGAUGCCGUCGCGCCGUGGCCUGCCAUACCAGCCUCAGCAAAACGAUAGUCGUACCGCGCCCGUGAAACCCCACUGGGUUCGGCGUGUCCUCAACAUUCGCUCAAUGCAGAAGCGCGAAGAUCAGCAUGUACAAGUGUCCAACUUCGAUCUCGAGAGCGACCACACAGACGGCGUUACUCGUGUCGGCUCCAAGCACAUCAACGCAGACUGGACGCGGAUCCCUGACUAUCGCAGAUACCUCAUCGUCUGA